CUCGCUUGCCAUGCCCGUCUACACCCUCUUCAUCUUUGACCGCAAGGGCACCUGCCUGUACUACACCGACUGGGGCCGCAGCAGACCACCGACACACAACGACCCAGAGCAGGAACAGAAGCUCCUCUAUGGCCUCCUCUUCUCCAUGAAGAUGUUCAUGAAGCAGAUAUCUCCCGAUGACUCGGGCGACUUUCGGUACCUGCGAACGUCGGCGUUCAAGCUCCACUUCUUCGGCACGCUUUCUGGUCUCCGCUUUGCGCUCUUUACCCAUCCGUCUGCGGCAAACCAGAGUGAAGCGCUGGAGCAUCUGUAUGCAGAGGUCUACGUCCCGUACGUCGCCAAGAAUCCGCUGGUGGAGAAGGGCGAGGUCAUCACCAACGAGGCCUUUGUCGAGGCCGUGGACGACUACAUCACAUCGCUCCCGGUCUUUGCCGAGUAGUUAGUCUGAUCUGCUCUCCGCCAUCAGUCGCUGCCCCC